CACACAUGGGGAAAACAACAGUGUCAGUGUCGGUGGCAAGUGCUGUCAUGAUGUUUGCUCGCUGCUGGCUCCUGCUUUUGGCCAUGGCCUCUGUGGCCUGCUCUCAGACCGUGGAGGAAAGCGCAAGGGAAUUCUUGAAGAAAUUCGAUGAGGAGGCAACCAAUCUCAUGUACCAGUAUUCCCUUGCAUCCUGGGCCUACAACACAGAUAUCUCCCAGGAAAAUGCAGAUAAAGAGGCUGAAGCAUAUGCAAUCUGGAGCGAGUUCUACAGUAAGAUGUCUGAGGAGUCCAGUGCCUACCCCAGUGAUCAAAUCUCUGAUCCACUGAUUAAAUUUCAGCUCCAGAAGCUCCAAGAUAAAGGAUCAGGGGCGCUUUCACCGGACAAGGCUAGUGAACUGAGAAACAUCAUGUCAGAGAUGAGUACUAUUUACAACACAGCAAUUGUGUGCAAAAUUGACGAUCCCACUGACUGUCAGACUUUGGAGCCAGGCCUAGAGAGUAUCAUGGCAAACAGCAGGAACUAUGACGAGCGUCUACAUGUGUGGGAGGGAUGGAGAGUGGCCGCAGGGAUGAAGAUGAGACCCCUUUAUGAGAAAUAUGUGGACCUGAAGAAUGAAGCUGCCAAACUCAACAAUUAUGAAGACCAUGGAGAUUACUGGAGGGGGGAUUAUGAAACCAUCGAUGAACCCGAAUACAGUUACUCCCGAGACCAAGUUAUGGAAGACGCCAGGCGCAUUUACCAGGAGAUCUUACCUUUGUACAAAGAGCUUCAUGCUUAUGUGAGAGCAAAACUGCAAGAUUUGUAUCCUGGUCACAUCACCUCAGACGCUUGCCUGCCAGCACACCUGCUUGGUGAUAUGUGGGGAAGGUUUUGGACCAACUUGUAUCCUCUCAUGAUCCCGUAUCCAGAAAGGCCUGAUAUCGAUGUGAGCUCUGAAAUGGUUGCCCAGGGCUGGGAUGAAAUCCGGCUGUUUAAAGAGGCAGAACAAUUCUUUAUGUCUGUAAACAUGUCUGCAAUGUUCGACAACUUCUGGACAAACUCAAUGUUUAUUAAGCCUGAAGGAAGAGACGUGGUGUGCCACCCUACCGCAUGGGACAUGGGAAACAGGGAGGACUUCAGAAUCAAAAUGUGCACUAAAGUGAACAUGGAUGAUUUCUUAACGGUUCACCACGAGAUGGGUCAUAACCAGUACCAAAUGGCUUACCGUAACCACUCAUAUCUGCUGAGAGACGGUGCUAAUGAAGGCUUCCAUGAGGCUGUGGGAGAGAUCAUGUCCCUGUCUGCUGCCACUCCUUCUCACCUGCAGUCUCUGGGGCUUCUACCUCCUGACUUCAAACAGGACUAUGAGACGGAUAUUAACUUCCUUCUGAAGCAGGCCCUCACCAUCGUGGCCACUCUGCCUUUCACCUACAUGCUGGAGGAAUGGAGGUGGCAAGUCUUCAAAGAGACCAUCCCCAAAGAUGAGUGGAUGCUCCGCUGGUGGCAAAUGAAGAGAGAACUAGUUGGAGUGGCUGAGGCUGUGCCCAGAGAUGAGUCUUACUGUGACCCACCUGCCCUUUUCCAUGUGUCUGGGGAUUAUUCUUUCAUCAGGUACUUUACCAGAACCAUAUAUCAGUUCCAGUUUCAAGAGGCCCUAUGUGAGGCAGCCGGACACACCGGUCCUCUUUACAAAUGUGACAUUACAAAUUCAACAAAAGCUGGUAACAAACUCAGGCAUAUGCUUGAGUUAGGCAGAUCCAUGUCUUGGACUCGUGCUCUGGAAGAUGUUGCAGGAACCACAAGGAUGGACUCUCAGCCAUUGCUACAUUACUUCAGCACUCUCAUGGACUGGCUAAAGGAGCAGAACCAGAAGAACAACAGAGUGCCUGGCUGGGAUGUCAAUAUUAACCCAGCAUCCUCUGUAAAGAAAGAUGAUUCAAACGCAUUCAAAGUCAGAAUAAGCCUCAAAUCUGCCAUGGGAGAUGAUGCAUACACUUGGAAUACAAAUGAAAUGUAUCUCUUUAAGUCCACUAUGGCCUUUGCCAUGCGCCAGUAUUACUUGGAAGAAAAGGGAAUAGAAAUGAAUUUCAAGCCAGAGAACAUCAACACAUACAGUGAAACGGCCAGAAUCUCCUUUUAUUUCAUUGUGAUGGAUCCAACCAAAGCAGACGCAGUCAUUCCCAAAGCAGAUGUAGAGGCAGCUAUCUGGCUGUCCAGAGAACGCAUCAAUGGUGCAUUUUUACUCAGUGACGAAACACUGGAAUUUGUUGGGCUGCAGGCAACAUUAGCUCCACCCAAAGAGGAGAAAAUCACAGUUUGGCUGGUGGUAUUUGGAGUCGUAAUGGGUGUAACUGUGUUUGGAGGAAUCUACCUCGUUACAACAGGGAUAUUAAACAGGAAGAAGAAAGCUAAGAAGGCUAAUAAGACCGUGAACCCAUAUGAGAAUACAGAUGAUGGAGAAGUGAACAAAGCCUUUGAGGAUGACAUUGAACAAACAGGAUUAUAAAGAAAUAGGUGCUUUCAAAAAUUACAUAAGUAAGCGUGAUAAAAAAAAAAAAAAAACAUCUUCACCAUUGCCUGCUUUUGGAAACGUUUUGUUUUCCAAUAGAAAAAAAAAAUUCUGCAAAUGAUUAUUUAAAUGCUUGAUGUUAAAAAAGAUACAUGAACACAUUAUAAUGUAAUAAAUUAUAAAUUCACUUUAA